ACACACUUCCUGUCCGUUUAGUGAAACAUCAGAGACGUAACGGGACUUUCCCUUUAACUCACCUGACAGGACCACACCUGAGCUGAACUUCCGGACUGUUUCACAACAACAACAGAAGAAGAAGGAGGAGAAGAAGAAGGAGGAGAAGAAGAAGGAGAAGAAGAAGAAGAAGAAGAAGGAGAAGGAGAAGAAGAAGAAGAAGGCGGCUCAGAUCAUCUCGACAGACAGACAGACCAUUGGACUCUAGACACCCAGCACCAGGAUGGAGGACAGCAGAGGGUCAAAGACAAGACAGACCGAGGGAGAGGACCAGGUGCUGUGGUCCUCUAUGACUGAGUCCAGCACUCUGCAGUGGCCUGGAGACAUACAGGCAGGAGGACAGACAGCUAAAGGUGACAGGAUGAGUGUGGAGGCGGCCAGCUGGACGGAAAGUGAGAGAGAGUUGAUGGUGAAGGAGGAGAGGAAGGCGGGAGGAAAAGGAGGAGCAGGUAAAGAUGAGGAGGUGGGGCUAAUUGGAGAGUGGGCCAGAUCCAGUUCACACCUGGGAGACGUGGAGAAGGAGCCUGUAGAGAACCACCUGCCAGAGAAAGCAGCUCAGGUGUUCAGCCCUGCAGUGACAGUCCUCCCCGCCCCCUCCUCACCCAGGGACAGUGAAGCAUUCUGGGCAAUUGAGUCAGACAAGAGUCCCUUCAUGGGUCCCAGAGGAGUCUCCCAGGACUACACCCAUCAUGGCUACCAGUGCGAGUGGACUGAGGAGACGCCUCCUGCCAGAUGUGGGUGGGGCUGUCUGAGUAGGGACAUCCUGAAGGUGGGUGUGUCCCUGGUGACAUCAGCGCUCUUCUUCCCCUUCCUGGUGUGGGGGGGGUUUGUGUUCCUGCCCUUUGAUGCCCCUCUGAUGGAUGGUGCCCCACUCAGGCUCGUCUACACCCUGCGCUGCUCCGUGUUUGCCGCGUCCCCCAUCGUCCUCGGCUGGCUGGUUCUGGGCGUCACUCGGCUCCGGUCAGGUGUGUUCCGUCCUCUGUUUGAUGAAGAGGUGAAAGAGGCGGAGCUUCACGAGGUCGCCGUCCACCGCUGUUUUGUCUCUGACUCCACCUCCUUGUUCCUGAUCUACUUCCUGCAGCUGGUCGUCAUGGCAAUGUACCUGAGCCAGGAGCAGCUGAAGCUCGUUCCACUGCUGACCAUCAUCUUUGCCUUUGGACGGCUGGUGUACUGGGCGGCAGCAGCCUUUGGCAGCAGCAUACGCGGUUUUGGUUUCGGCCUCUCCUUCCUGCCAAGCCUCGUCAUGAUGGUCGCCAACAUCUACUUCAUCUUCACGGUGGAGGCAGCAGGCUCCAUCUUCAGCCACCCGCCUUCCUCAGAGGAGGCGCUGACUCCGCCCUCCAGCAGACAGAGGUUCUGGGGAUGAGAGCUGAUCUGAAAUCAGGAACAUUCCUCUACCAAGACGUUUUUAACUUUUAUAGUUUAUAAAGUGAAAAUGUUAAAGCAGAAAAACUGAAUAAAAGAUCAAAUAAUUGAACUCUGUCUCUAAAAGCCCCACCCACUCGCUGUAGAACCUGGACCCGGAGCACAAAGCUGGUCCGUCUGUGUCCGGACCUCUGGGGGUUAUCUAAGUUCGUGUGUGAGGAUUCAGAUUCAGUCAUGAUCACAGAGUGAGAGCAGAAACAGCAGGAACACUGAGGAUGGAAAUAAAUUAUCAGAAAGAUUCACAGUGAAAUUAUUUUUCUGCUAAAAGUCAAAAACAGUUUCAUUUGUAUUUUUCUUCUUAUUCUGAGCUGCAGAGAACACCAACAGGAACCACAGAAUCUUCACUGUGGUUCCUGACAACAGAAAAACCUCCACCACCUUUAACAUCUCGUUAUAGUGUUUUGUCCCCGUCAGGAUCCUGUAGCAAUGAUGACUCAGUGUAUCCAGUGAUCUGAUUGGUCGGUGGUGGAUACAGGUUAGUCCUGCAGCUCAGGUCACACCAGCCAGAGGACGGGAUGGCUCAGCGAUCUGGCUCCUGGUGUUUGUUUGUUUGCUGAAAUAUUGAAUUGUUGAACUGUUUCCUGUUUACUUCCUGUUUACUUCGGGGUCAGUCUGUCUGUGCUGGGUCAUUUUUCAACAUUUUAUUUUGAGUUUCACAAUAAAAGAGUGAAACCACCUCACUG